AUGUGUAUAGAAACUCUUGUAGAAGGAAAAAUUCCAGUUAAAGCAUUAAUAGAUACAUCCCCAAAGUUUAAUACUAUUAGCAAGAGGCUGUUCAAUAAACUUAAAUUGAACUAUAGAAUACGCCUUAGCUGUGGUUCUGCUGAGUGUCUCUAUGGAGACGUAAUAGGUGAGAUAAAUUGCUUAGAUUUACGGUUUCGCUAUAAAGGAAAAUGGCAAAGUUUAGAUGAUACCAAUACAAUAUACUUUAAAAUUCGCAAGAAUCUAACAAGCUAUGAUCCUUAUGCUAAAAUUGUAAUAGAUGGUAUGAAUAUCCCAUUAAUUGGAGACAAUAACAGGCCCACAGGCGAUUCUUUGAGUCAUAAUACUAGCCCUAUUAAAAAUGAUCCAUCUAGGUCUGAUUUAUUAAUAUAUGAGAUCAUGAAUAUGAUUAAAAAAAUUCUUUCAGUUGUCGAAGAUAAUAAGCAUUGA